AUGUGGCGGCCGCUGCCGCGGUUGAAGCAUGCGAUCCGCGGGAUCUCCGCAUGCUUCAUUAUCCGGCACGACGACGAGCGGCGAGAGCGAGAAGGCAGCAAGCGCCGCCCGCUGCGCGCACUAACAAGGGCCAUCAGCGCCGUGUUCCUCAACGCCGCCGACAAAUUCAACGUAACUGCUGCAAGUGUGGACGAAAGUGAAGGCAUCAAGCAUCUGCUUCAGCUCUGCGGGCAGAGCCAUGUUUAUACGUGGGAGGAAGCAAUUAAUCUGAAACGUUUGAAUUCGGUGGUAAAGAUCAACGAGGGCUCAUUUGGAGAGGUGUAUGCGAUCCAUUCGACUCCGCAAGCCGGAUACACCAAUAUUAUCAAGGUUGUCCCAAUAGAUGGUGAAGCGCCCGAAGACAGUUUUGAUCAGCUAACCAGUGAGGAGGUCUACAGCGAAUUGCUCAGCUCAAAGCUGCUCACAAAGCUUUGGAGUGACAUUGAGCGGAAGAACAGCAGCACCAAAUGCUUUAUCCAUUUGAAAGCGGCGUAUGUGGUUCGAGGCCCGUAUCACCCUGCGCUCCAGGCCGCAUGGAAUAAAUACGAUGAGGAUGAAGAAUGUGGCAAUGCUAACCCAAACGAGCUCUAUCCCGAUCAAGUGUAUAUCGUAUUCGAGUAUGAGAAUGGGGGAGAUUCCUUAGAUCAUUUCAAGCCAAGACAUCCGGAAGAACUUUUGUCCAUCAUCUGCCAAAUCGCGACAGCACUGGCAGCGGCCGAGCAAGCGCUUCGAUUUGAACAUCGUGAUCUGCACAUUGGCAAUGUUUUGGUGUUCAAGAAGCCCCGUCCACGCGACCACGUUGCCACUGUCAACGGAGAAGAGUUCUGCUUCCAUGAUGCUGGGGUCUCGGUGCGGAUCAUCGACUUUACGCUGGCACGCUUUGAAGACGAGGGCCAGACGCACUACCAUAAAUUAAAGGAAGAUGACGCGCUCUUUGAAGGAGACGACAGCGAGCCCCACCAUCAAAUUUACCGUGAUAUGAAAGAGUUUACUGGAGGUAACUGGCGUGCCUACUACCCGGUGACGAACAGGAUCUGGCUGGAGUACCUUGUCGAGCGUUUGUGCGAUCUAAGCAAGUAUUCUCACAACACCGCAACGCUGCGACUCCUUCACCGGAUGCUAGACGAAUUGGAGGAUUGCAGCUCGGCGAACGAAUUCAUCCACACCACCGCCUUCACAAGAACCGUAACCUACUUGGAUUCCUUACGCGACGGCAAUCCGCGU